AUAGGACUGAAUGUACUGGCUUGAUACUUCUCUAUUUCUCUCCAUUUUUCACUUGAUGACGAGGAAGACAGACUGAGACAGGACAGCAUGUUAUCAGAGGACGCCCCUGAAGCAACCUCACGGACUAAUGGGGCUUAUACUGCUGAGCCUGAUUCUCCGGUACUGGAUCAGCACCGUGGAAGGAUCAUGUUCAGCUGGCAACGCCGUGACUUGUGACCAGUGUCUGGAGCUCAGUCCUCAGUGUGCCUGGUGCACACAGGAGAAUUUCACAGACUGGUUUUCAGUCAGCGAAAGAUGUGACACACUGGAUAUCUUACUAGAAAAGGGAUGUGCCAGGGGCCAGCUGGAGUUCCCUGUUUCCAAAGCCCAGAUCCUCCAGGAUCAUCCACUUGGGAAGAAGACAGGCAACUCGAACACCACUCAGAUCUCCCCACAGAAAAUGGCCCUCAAGCUGCGAGCUGGAAGUCAGGUGACUUUCCAGGUCAAGAUUCAACACACAGAGGACUAUCCUGUGGACAUGUACUACCUAAUGGACCUGUCAGCAUCCAUGAUUGAUGAUCUGGAGACGAUCAAAGACUUGGGCUCCUCUCUCUCUAAAGAGAUGGCGCACCUUACUAGUAAAUUUCGCAUGGGCUUUGGUUCUUUUGUCGAGAAACCCGUCCUGCCUUUCAUCAGGAUCACAGAAGAAGAACUGGCCAACCCUUGCAGUGGUGUAGGUUCAUCCUGCCUACCAACGUUCGGCUAUAAACAUGUCUUAUCUCUGACGAGCAACACUGACAAGUUCAACGAGAUAAUCGCAAUGCAGCGUGUAUCUGCAAAUAUUGAUGUGCCAGAGUGUGGCUUUGACGCCAUCAUGCAGGCAGCUGUUUGUGGGGACAAAAUAGGCUGGAGGAAUGAUUCCAUGCGUUUGCUGGUGUUUGUCAGUGAUGCUGACUCACACUUCGGGAUGGACAGCAAGAUGGCCGGCAUCGUGGUUCCCAAUGACGGGCAGUGUCACCUGGAUGCCAACAACGAGUACUCCAUGUCCACAGUGCAGGAGUAUCCAACUCUCGGUCAGCUGAUUGAUAAGGUGGUGGAGAACAAUAUCUUACUGAUAUUUGCUGUGACAAAACAGCAGAAACACAACUAUAAGAACUAUGCAAAUCUCAUACCUGGCGCCACAGUUGGAGUCCUGGCGACAGAUUCGCGGAACAUCCUGGAGCUUAUUGUAACAGCAUACAAAGAACUGCGUUCAGAGAUCGAGCUAGAGGUCCUUGGAGACACAGAGGAGUUGCAGAUGUCCUUCACAGCCAUUUGCCCAAACGGUACUGUCCUCCCUGACCAAAAACGCUGCUCCAACAUCAAACCUGGAGACACGGUAGUGUUCAAUGUGUCUGUCGAGCUCCCCGGAUGCCUGUCAGGAGUUCAGCACUUCUCCCUCAAACCGGUGGGCUUACAGGACAGUUUGGAGGUGGAACUGGAGUCUCUUUGCUCGUGUGACUGCCGGCAGACUCCUGAAGGAAACAUCAGCCAGUGCACCGAGGGCCAAGGGGCUUUCCAGUGUGGCAUGUGUGUGUGUCAGCCGGGGUUCCUGGGAGCACAUUGCGAAUGCAAUGAGGAGAGCGCUUUGUUGAGUAACUGCCUCGCAAACAAUGAGUCCGAGAUAUGUAGUGGUCAAGGGCAGUGCUACUGCGGACAAUGUGUGUGUCAUGCAUCCAGCUUUGGCCGCGUCUACGGAUCUUACUGCGAGUGUGACAAUUAUUCUUGUGUUCGCUUUCGUGGGGAGCUCUGUGGUGGCCACGGAGUGUGUGACUGCGGGGAGUGUCACUGUCAUAGUGGCUGGAUAGGGCAGUAUUGUAACUGCAGCACCAGCACUGAAGCAUGCAUGUCGGAGGAUGGCACUCUCUGCAGCGGCCGGGGGGAGUGUGUGUGUGGCCAGUGUGUCUGCUCUGUACCUGGAGCAUCUGGGGACAAGUGUGAGAGGUGCCCAACAUGUGGAGACGCCUGUACCUCUGCAAGGACCUGCGUAGAGUGCCAUCUCCAAGAUAAUGAUGAUGCUGAGUUUUGCGAUCAAAGGUGCAGCGUUCCUAAAAUUUCCAUCAACACAACAGCAGAUUAUGACAAGAGCCCUUCUAUUCUAUGCAAGCUGAUGAUGGAGAAUGAGUGCUGGAUCUCAUUUAGUGUGGUGGGAGGUGAUACAGGGACCAUUGCCUACAAUCUCCAGAUGUAUGGUUGCCCAGAGCCUCCUAACAUCCCCAUGAUUAUUCUGGGAGUCUCCCUCUCCGUGGUGUUUGUUGGCCUGAUCCUGCUGGUUGUGUGGAAGGUGCUGGUAUCAGUCCACGACCGUAAAGAGGUGGCCAGAUUUGAGGCUGAGAGGAAGAAGGCAAAAUGGCAGUCGGGGACCAACCCUUUGUUCAGAAGUUCAACAUCUACAUUCAAAAAUGUUACUUAUAAGAACACACAGAGAGAAAGGAUUAUUACAGUGAAUCACUACUGAUGAUAAACUGGAGGCAAUGCAACCCAACAUCCGAGUGCACUUAAGCGUGUGCAUGUGUUUGUGUGAGUGUGUGUAUGAGACAGAAAGAGUAAAAUGUGUUUUUUUGUAUGAAUCUGUGUUGAUUCAGAGAUGUUAGAACACAGUAGACAAUACUGUGAAAGGAUGAACUUUACAUGAUGAUUUUGCUGCUGUAAAAGUGCACUGACAACGUACUGUCAAACACUGCACUUUCCUGCUGCACGACCCUGCAAACUCACACAAAACAUUUGUCUACUGCAGGGGUGUCCAAACAGUUUGGACAUCUCUGGUCUACUGUAACAUGCAGCUUGGAAAAAAGGGGUCUACGCUAUUAGUGAUCUACUACUGAAAAAAAAAAUCUUUUUUUUUUUUUUUAUUCUAAUGAAUGUAAAUAUACAGGUGGAUGAUUGUGAUUUUUUUUUAAUAUUGUGUUUGUUGUGUUAUUGUAAAGCAAGGCUGAGCCUUCGAUGUUGAUAACUGAGUUUUUUUAGUGGCGUGGUACAUAAAUAAAACUGGAUUUUGA